CCACCCGCGCACUUCGGACGGCGCCCACGGAGGCCGCGAUGCUGCUGGAGCGGGUCCGCGCCGGUUCGGAGAAGGCAGCGGAGCUCUGCCCCUUCCCGCGGAGCCCAGAGAUCCCGCUGUGCGCCGGCUGCAACCAGCACAUCGUGGACAGGUUCAUCCUCAAAGUCCUGGACCGGCACUGGCACAGCAAGUGCCUGAAAUGCUCCGACUGCCAGACGCAGCUGGCCGAGAAGUGCUUCAGCCGCGGGGACGGCGUCUACUGCAAGGAAGAUUUCUUCAAGCGCUUCGGGACGAAGUGUGCCGCCUGCCAGCAGGGCAUUCCCCCGACCCAGGUGGUGCGGAGAGCCCAGGACUUCGUUUACCACCUGCACUGCUUCGCCUGCAUCGUCUGCAAGCGGCAGCUGGCCACCGGCGACGAGUUCUACCUCAUGGAGGACAGCAGGCUGGUCUGCAAGGCGGACUACGAGACGGCCAAGCAGAGAGAGGCUGAGUCUACGGCCAAGAGGCCCCGCACCACCAUCACGGCCAAGCAGCUGGAGACCCUCAAAAACGCUUAUAACAACUCGCCCAAACCGGCGCGGCACGUCCGGGAGCAGCUCUCGUCGGAGACGGGGCUGGACAUGCGGGUGGUGCAGGUCUGGUUCCAGAACCGCAGGGCCAAGGAGAAAAGGCUGAAGAAGGACGCGGGGAGGCAGCGGUGGGGGCAGUACUUCAGGAACAUGAAGCGAUCCCGGGGGACAUCCAAGUCCGACAAGGACAGCAUCCAGGAGGAGGGGCCCGACAGCGACGCCGAGGUUUCCUUCACAGAUGAGCCCUCCAUGUCCGAAAUGAGCCAUUCCAAUGGGAUUUACAGCGCCCUGAACGAAGCCUCGCCGGCGCUGGGGCGGCAGGCCGGCACCAACGGCAGCUUUGCCCUGGAGCACGGCGGGAUCCCGGCCCAGGAGCAGUUCCACGACCUGCGCUCCACCAGCCCCUACGGCAUCCCCCCGUCCCCGGCGUCCCUGCAGGCGCUGCCAGGCCACCAGCCCUUAAUCUCCAGCUUGGUGUACCCAGACAACGGCCUGGCCAUCAUGGGACAGAGCGGACCAGGGGUGCCCCAGCCCAUGCGGGUCCUGGCCGGGAAUGGACCGAGCUCCGACCUCUCCACCGGCAGCAGCGGGGGGUACCCGGAUUUCCCGGCCAGCCCGGCCUCCUGGCUGGAUGAGGUCGACCACGCUCAGUUUUGAUACAGGGGCCACCCCUAGGCAGUGGGAAGGGAAAGGACUUGGUGCUGUUAAAUGUCACCUGCUCUUGGAAAGGACAGAGGGACAGCCGUGAGUGCCGUGACACGGAGGGAGCAGAGGGGAUUUCAGAGAUGAGCCUGGCAUGAUGGUGAUGAAGAUGAUG